UGAUGAGUUAAGGUUUUGCCUUUACAAAUUGGAUGGUUAUGAAAAAGCUUGGCACCAAGUUAGUAACAAAUAUCAUAAAGAUUGUAUAAAUAUAACUGUGAAGUUUGGUGGUGGUUCUGUGAUAUUCUGGUGGAUGAAAUCUCAUGGUUUCGAUAUAUUAGAUUGGGCACCGUAUAGUCCUGAUUUGAAUCCGAUUGAAAAUCUUUGGGAAUGUCUUGAUUUGGCACUACAUAAUAGAAGGCCAUCACCCAAAACACAAGAAGAAUUAGUUAAGUGUAUAAAAGAAGAAUGGAAUAAAAUACCAAUUGAGUAUAUUCGUUCACUUAUCUGUAGUAUGUCAGCUCGUGUGAUGGCGAUUUAUAAAGCCAAGGGAUAG